UCAAGUUUUUUACCCUAAACCCUAAAAAAAAACAUUCUCCCUUUUAUCUUUCUUCCCCAUCCCACCACCGCCACCCCAAUUUUCUUUCUGUGCCCUAACCUCAGCCACCCACACCCCAAAAUCCUUCACUAUAAUGACCACUACGUGCGUUUCAUUCUCUUCGAUGUUAUCUUUGUUUGCUUUUUAUGAAGUCCCACUGGGAGCUAGUGCUUGCUAUCUAAGAAUUGCUCCAUGGAUCUCGUCGAAAUUGUCUCGGCCUCCACAAAGUCAACCACCACCACCGCUACCGCUACCGCAUAAAAACGCCACAUCUAAAACCUCCACAACAACAAUAGCAGUCACAUCUAAAACCCAAUAUGCCUUGUCAUCCGUCCUCACCAAUUUCUUAUUUCCCAACACCCAAAUGUCAUCGAUCGUCAUCAAUUUCUUAUUCUCCUAUGUCUUUUUUUCUCUCCGAAGGUUUAUAUGGCAUUGUCUAGCCAUACGAACCAUAACCAAGAUAAUGACAAUGAGAAAGUACAGUUAUAUAUACAUGCUGCUGCAGCACUGUGUGGGGUUAUUGCAUAUGAAAUGGAGUUUAACAUGCACGGACGCCAAUCUAUACAUACAUCUGCGUUAAAUGGUCAUGAUUAUAUGGUAAAACUACUAAAUGGUCAUUAUACAAGAAUAUACAAUAAGUGUCGCAUGAGCAAACGAUGUUUUCAAACCUUAUGUUAUAUAUUGGCACAACGAGGCAAACUGCGAGUAAUCAGACAUAUGAGUAUUGAAGAACAAGUAAUGAUAUUUUUGACAACAGUUGAGAAAAAUGUGUCAAAUAGUGAUUGUAGGGAGGAUUACCAACAUUCUGGGGAGACAAUCUCUAGAUAUGUCUAUGCAGUUUGUGAUGCGAUAUUGGAGUUGACGUCAGACUUUAUCAAGCCACCUAACUUCACUGAUGUUCUAUUGCAGAUAUCGACCAACCCAAAGUACUACUCAUUCUUUAAGGACUGUCUUGGAGCGAUUGACGGUACACAUGUACAUGGGUUACCAGUUGAGGUAGCUGAUACAUAUCGAAAUCGUAAAGGGGCAGUGUCGCAGAAUGUGAUGGCCGUCUGCGACUUCAAUAUGUUGUUCACAUAUGUCGUCACUGGUUGGGAAGGAUCUUCCCAUGACGCAAGAGUUCUAAAUUCAGUUCUAAAUGAUCCUAAUUCAGGUUUCCCACAUCCUCCUCCAGGUAUAACUAACUUGUUUAUGUAUUGUAGCCAAGCUGUAAACAUUUUUUUUUUUUUUUUUUAUGAUUCUUCAAAUAACAUCCAGUAUUUCAUUAUAGGCAAAUAUUACUUAGUAAAUGCAGGUUAUGCGAAUAGAGGUGGGUUCCUCGCCCCACAUAGACGGGUUCCUUAUCAUGUUCCCGAUGCGCGUCGUAACCUUUCUGGACCUAUGGAGUUGUUUAAUUACAGACAUGCAUCGCUUUGGAAUGUUGUGGAGAGGACUUUUGGUGUUUUGAAAAAAAGGUUCUGCAUUAUUGAUGGCAUGAACAAUUACUCGUUGGAGAAGCAAGCUAAAAUUGUUAUGGCAUGUUGUGUAAUUCAUAAUUUUAUCAAAAGGUUCGAUAUGAACGACCCUAUCUUCCAAAAGUUUAAUGCCGAUGGAGUUUAUGAGGAAGGAAAUGGGACGGGUUCGAAUCAACUGACUCAGCGUAAUACAGAGGACAUGGGAAGAGUUAGGGAUAGCAUAACUACUGCUAUGUGGGCAGAACAUGAGUCCAUGUCAUAUUGUUAACUGAAUAUUGGGGUACAAAGAAUUCUGAGAGAUGAUUAUUAGUAGCUUCGUAUUAUUAAUUUAGAUAUGUAU